AAUUUCCCUUUUAUACUAAAGUUUUCCAUAUAAUCCAAUGUCCAAAUAAAUAAAUACAAUCUGUCAAGACCUAUAAUCCAAAGUCUUUAAUAUAAAUAAAUACCAUCUCUCUCAGUAGUAUCCAUCCACACCUUUCUUUCCUUGGGUGUAUUUUUACGAUGACCGCCAUCACCAUAAAAGCUCUUAAAGAGCAGCAGCAUAUUAUCCAACAACAAAGCGAGUCAGCCGGGGAAUCAACUCAGUCGUUGCCCAGUCUGGAUGAAGUGGAGCAAAUUCUGGGCUAUGAGUUUAACAACAAACGGUUAUUAGAAGAAGCUUUCACGCAUGCUUCUUUAGGACUCGGUUUCUCCAACGAGCGGUUAGAGUACGUGGGAGAUUCUGUCCUUAAUUUACUUUUCACCAAACAGCAGUUUUUUGAAUACCCUGAUUUGCCGCCGGGGCCUUUGACUAGGCUACGAGCCGCCAAUGUCGAUACCGAAAAGUUGGCUCGUGCCGCCGUCAAACACGGUUUGCAUCGCUAUUUGCGCCAUAAGAAACCUCUUCUCAAAGAACAAAUUCGACAAUUUUCUGAAGAAAUACAACGAUAUCCACUACAUUCUAAUGGACUAGUUGACGUGCCAAAAGCGUUGGCUGAUCUUGUGGAAUCCACCAUCGGUGCGGUUUUCAUUGACACCAAUUCCCUUCAUGUUGUUUGGAAGGUGUUUAAGGAUUUGUUGGAACCCAUAAUUAGACGGGAGACUUUGAAGAUACACCCGGUGACACAAUUAUAUGAAGUGUGUCAAAAGAGGAAUUUAAAAGUUAAGUUUGUAGAUUUAUGGAAGGAAAGCACAGGUUUUGAUGUUUUUGUCGACGAUCAACUUGUGGGAAGAGGCAAAUGUAGUCUCAAGAAGGAAAUUGCACACAACAGAGCUGCCAAAGAUGCACUGGACAAUAUUUUGAGAAUUUUAGAUGAAAAAGAUACCAAUAUUAAUAUUGUUGAAGAAAGAAAUGUAUAACUUUACUUGAUGAAUUGAUCAUGUAAAACUUAAAAUAAAGUAUACACUAAACGCUUUGAAAACAGAAUUGAGCUUACUAAAUUUAUUUUCUAUUAAGUUUGGAACUCAAAUUCGAGAACUUUAGAAUAAACCAGCUUCAUACAUCAUUCACUGUUAUUACUAUUAUAUGUGUCACUAGAACUAGAGGAGGGUGUUAUAAAACUCCAAUAAACAAUGUCGUUGCAUCCCUGCUCCAAAUACUCAAUCCAUACAAUGAGGGUAGAGUCCGGAUAUGAAUAACUGUUGUAUGUAUAUUUAUCUUUGAUUUUUAUAAAUGAAUUUUUUCCGA